AUGAAAGAGGAAAUCAACAAGCGCUUGGCUGCAGCAGGUGCUAAUAGUGAAGAAAACAUCAGUGGACUGCGCAGACAUGAAGAGAGCACAAAGACCCUGGUGAAAUUCAAGGAACUGUCUUACAGACAAGAUGGCCUGGAAGAAGAUUUGGAGGAGACCAGACAAGACCUGGAGAAAUCCAUAGCUGAGGAGUCUCAAGAAAGGCAAAAGUUUGCUCAGAUAACAGAUGCCAAGGUGGAAGACAUGAAUGACAGAAUGAGACAGGGCCUUGGAGCUCUCCAAGCAGCAAUUGGAGCAGGAGGUGUGAAACUUAAUGCUCAGCAGAACAGAGACCUGGAGGAAGCUGCAGGAUCUCAGCUCUCUAAUAUGCAUGACAUGCACAAGAAAUCUGUUGAG